AUGCUGCUUCCGCCAGAGGUCAAACUCUCUGUCCCCGUUCCUCGAGGAACAAAGGCGAGGUCCGUCGUCUGUGAGAUCAAGAAGGACCAUCUCAAUGUCGGGUUCAAGGGCCAGCCUCCGAUCAUCGAUGGUGAGCUGCACAAGCCAGUUAAGGUCGAAGACUGCUUCUGGAGCAUCGAGGACGGGAGGUUGUUGUCCAUACUGCUGACCAAGCGUAAUCGUAGUGAGUGGUGGAAGUCUGUGAUCAAUGAUGUUCAGGAGAUCGACACCCAGCUUGCCGAAUCUGAGAGCAGCAAGCUCUCCGAUCUGGACCCCGAGACCAGGCAGACCGUGGAGAAGAUGAUGUUCGACCAGCGGCAAAAGCAGAUGGGUUUGCCCACGAGCCAGGAGAUGCAGAACCAGGACAUGCUCAAGAAACUCAAGUCCCAGUACCCGAACAUGGACUUCUCGGGGAUGAAGCUGCCUUCCUAA